UGAAGACGUGGCACGACACGUGGUGCGCGCCCCCAAGAAAACGGUCGUUUCGGGGGCGGGCGUGCCUGUACAGGAUUGGAGCUCAAAUCAGACCAGCCGUAUCGGAGGCGCGGAAGCCAAGCUUGGAACACUUUUUAAAAAAUGCUGUCCCGAUUCUCACGAUGCAUAAAUUCAAGUACUUCGACUUUAAAACGAAGACUCAAGACAGUAGCUUACUCUGCCACAGAAACAACAUUAAAAAUUGAAAAGUCACUUACUUCCGAAGAAGUCUUUGCACGUGAAGAAAAGUAUGGUGCACAUAAUUAUAGUCCACUGCCUGUAGCAUUGGCCAAAGGGGAAGGAGUUUAUGUAUGGGAUGUGGAAGGCAGACGGUAUUUUGACUUCCUGAGUGCUUACAGUGCUGUGAAUCAAGGCCAUUGUCACCCAAAGAUCAUUGAAGCACUAAAAACUCAAGCUGAUAAAUUGACUCUCACUUCGCGAGCUUUCUAUAAUAAUAUACUGGGAGAAUAUGAAGAGUAUGUCACAAAGCUGUUCAACUACAAGAAGAUGUUGCCAAUGAAUACAGGUGUGGAAGCAGGAGAAAGUGCUUGUAAGUUGGCUCGCAAAUGGGCAUACGAAGUUAAAGGAAUUCCUAAAUAUAAAGCAAAGAUCCUUUUUGCAGCUGGUAAUUUUUGGGGUAGAACCAUGUCUGCUGUUUCCAGUUCAACAGAUCCCAGUAGUUAUGAAGGGUUUGGACCAUUUAUGCCUGGGUUUGAAAUUAUUCCAUACAAUGAUCUGCCAGCGAUUGAGCGUGCAUUCCAGGAUCCCAAUAUGGCAGCGUUUAUGGUGGAACCAAUUCAGGGAGAAGCUGGAGUAAUUGUUCCUGACAAAGGCUAUCUUCAAGGAGUGAGAGAAUUGUGUACGAAGCAUAAUGUUCUGUUCAUCGCAGAUGAAGUGCAGACUGGUCUGGCCAGGACAGGGCGGCGUUUGGCAUGUGAUCAUGACGAUGUCAGACCAGAUAUUGUUAUGCUCGGAAAAGCCCUCUCUGGAGGGGUGUAUCCUGUCUCAGCUGUUUUGUGCGAUGAUGAAAUUAUGUUAACUAUUAAACCAGGUCAGCAUGGGUCAACAUAUGGUGGCAAUCCAUUGGCAUGUCGUGUUGCUGUUGCUGCACUUGAGGUUCUUGAAGAAGAAAAUUUGGCUGAAAAUGCAGAGCAAAUGGGAAAGCUUCUUCGAAGUGAGCUGAUGAAGCUGCCAUCUGAUGUUGUGACGGCAGUAAGAGGAAAAGGUUUAUUGAAUGCCAUUGUUAUUAGAGAAACAAAAGUUUUUGAUGCAAUGAAAGUUUGCAUUCGUCUGCGUGACAAUGGUCUGCUAGCUAAGCCAACCCAUGGGGAUAUCAUUAGAUUGGCGCCACCACUUAUCAUCAAGGAAGAUGAAUUAAGGCAAUGUGUGGACAUCAUUCAGAAGACCGUUUUGUCUUUUUGAAAUGUAUUGAAACUGUUAGGUAUUUUCAAAAACAACUUGGGCCAUAGAUGCAUGAUCAUGUAAUUUUGAUCUCUGCAGCUGUAAGGUAUUUUAAUCAAAAUAGUUGAUGCCUACCAAGCUUUUCUAAAACCUCUAAGCUACAUUUAACUUCAGUGUUGAAAAUGGUCCCUAAUUGACUGUUAAUCUAGUGAAAUUUGUACUGUGCUAAAAGCCUGUUCUUUAAAGUUGAGAAAAGUCGGAAUGGAAUUAAAGCUCACUUGAGGUCUCCAGAUUAAUUCAGCAGACCGUAUGCUUCCACUGUAAACAUUCUCUUGCUGUAAAUUUAUUGUGAUAUUAUAUUUAGACAGGCCAUUAUUUUCUGUGGUCAAAGAUAUAUGAAACUGAUUCUGUUUUUAAAUUUUUAUGGUAAGCAUCGUUAGAACUAUGACUGUCUGCCUUGCUCGCAUCCACAAAACAUUACUACUUGUUAUAUGCAUGUUUUUGUGUAGCCUAGGAGAGUUCUGUUACAUUCUUUGGUUAAAAUGGUCAACACUACUUUGACUCAUUAUGUGUAAUUAUAUUACACCUAUUGUAUAAAACUGUUUAAUAACUAGAAGACAUGAAGGACGUUUGAAUUUUUCAACCAUGCACAAACAAAAUUUGUUCUGUUACUAUACCUGUGAAAAAUGUUUUUGGUUUAUUGCAGUAAUAAAGGUUACGUUCAGCGCUGGGAACUUAAUUACUAUUGCAUCAAUGAUGCAAGACCAUUUUGGUUAACUUGCUGUACACUUGCAUAGUUCUUUGAUAAUGAAGAAGAUCUCUAGAAAAAAACUGAAUAAAAUUUCUGUGGCACACCUGA